GGUUAGUUCCAAGGAUAGUUGGGACCAACAAAUCAGCCACCGCUUCUUGCCUGCUUCUAAUCACUUCUACUUUGCAGAACUGAAGCUAACCUUUUUCCAUAGAACAACAAAUAUCAAUAAUAUUAAUUAGGAAAAUCAAAAGUCAAUCGCAACCGUCACUCUCUUUUUCUCCUCUGCGAUGGGGAAAUCAUUUCAAUCUUUUUCUCCUCUUCGGAUUGUGUCAUCUGCAAAAUCGCAACGCCCAAAGCUGACGCAACCGCCCAAACCAUCCCCGUCUCAAUCUCCCACUAAGGAGCACCAACGGACGCCCCUCGCCGCGGUGGUUGCCGACUGUGCAAGGCGGUGGUUCCAUGAGACACUCCAGGAGGCCAAGGCUGGCGACGCCGCCAUGCAGGUUCUCGUUGGACAGAUGUAUUACAGUGGCUAUGGCGUUCCUAGAAAUCCGAAGAAGGGGUAUGAUUGGAUUAGUAGAGUGUCCAGAAUUCGGAGCUCAGUUUGGAAAGUGAACAAAAAGCGUCCAGGUUACAGAGCAAGUGAUUCAGAUUCAUGUGAACCGGAGGUCAAAACGAAAUCUUGUCGUUAAUUUGUAAUACAAGUGAUAUGAUGUCAACCGCAUGAGACAUUUUGGUAUUCUGAUAUACAGUGUAUACACAGCUUAUUUUUAUAUAUUUUAUUGCAUGGCCCAUUUCUUAAAUAACUCUUGCCUCAAUUUCUCUCAAAUUGUAAGUAUCCAUGUUAAUUCUCACAAUUGUAAUUGUAGUCCUAACCCCUAAACCUUAUUUUUAUAUCUUUUUCCUAAACACAAUUGUAUCCUUAACACCCCCCCCCC